ACGCACACCAAAUAAAGCAGCACUAUUAAUAUUUUUUCCAUUGGUUACAUGUGAAAUACGUUUAAUAUACUAUGUGAAGUAUUUUUAAUAUACUACGUAAAAUAGUAUAUAUUGUUACACUUAACUUCACCUUUAUUUUUAUGUUUUUAAAAGCGGUUUGGGAAAUCUGAGGUCACACGCACAGCUGCAGCAGUGCGGCACCCGCUUUGGGCCGAGCCCCGACACACCACCCCACUUCCGUCUCCCUCACUGGAUCCCUGUGCUCCGCCCCUCUGCCCAGGUGUCUUAGCGCCCGGCAGCUAUCCGUUUCCUUCUCGCGCGAUCACAUGGCCGCCUCUCUCCAGUCUCUCCUGCCGAGGGAUUUGGAAGUUCUGAGGGAAAAGUCCCGGACGUUACUGGAGUGGUCUUGCAAUCCCGACUCUGGCCGUCGGAGGGAGAUGCGUCGCUAUCGUGGUUGCCGAGCAACUCGUGUCCCGGAAACAGUGUCCCGCCCCGCCCGCAGUGGCCGCUCACCGAUCGACUUCCGGCGGGGCGGGACUGGGAUCGCGGCGAGCCGGCUUCCGCGGCGACGCCGGCGCGAUGACCACGCUCCGGGCCUUCACGUGCGACGACCUGUUCCGCUUCAACAACAUUACCUCGCACACUGGCCAGAGUAUUUCAUCGUUGCAGAGGCACCUGGUGGAGAGUUAAUGGGUUACAUUAUGGGUAAAGCAGAAGGCUCAGUAGCUAGGGAAGAAUGGCAUGGCCAUGUCACAGCUCUGUCUGUUGCCCCAGAAUUUCGACGCCUUGGUUUGGCUGCUAAACUUAUGGAGUUAUUAGAGGAGAUUUCAGAAAGAAAGGGUGGAUUUUUUGUUGAUCUCUUUGUACGAGUAUCUAACCAAGUUGCAGUCAACAUGUACAAGCAGUUGGGCUACAGCGUAUAUAGGACGGUCAUAGAGUACUAUUCGGCCAGCAACGGGGAGCCUGACGAGGAUGCUUAUGAUAUGAGGAAGGCACUUACCAGAGACACUGAGAAGAAAUCCAUCAUACCUUUACCUCAUCCUGUGAGGCCUGAAGACAUUGAAUAACCAUGCACAGUGGUUCUUAGGCCUGUGCUCCGGAUAGUUAUGGACAAUAUUAUUUUCACUGGAUGAUUCUGGAGCUCUAUUAGGAGAAAAGUAAUCAUUUAGGUCUUAAAGACUUCAAGAUGAUACAGGUUAUAAGCUUAUUUUAAAUCUUAUUUCCACUUAGCAAUAUCAUACCUACUAAAGCUGUUCACUGUAAUAAAAUUAAAUCAAAAAGGCAGCUAGGUCAGAAGGAAAUAAAUAUUCCACAUCAUGGUUCAUAAUAUUCAUUGUAUGCUAGGGAAAAACUUGCUCGAGACUCUUAAAUUCUAUGCCUGAGAACCACUGUGACACAUGUAUUUCUUAUUUUGUAUUGAAGUGCUAAUUGAAGCUUUAAAAGCAUAUCAUAUAUGAAAUACAUAAAUCGAAGAUGUAUGAUAAAAAUGCGUUGUUGACUCUUCAAAUAUUUUCUGGUCAUUUAUAAAUUAAAUCAUGAUUGAGAAUGGC